UCGACAAUUGCGAGGUCGCAACGACAACUCAGCAAUCAGCCAAUCAGGCAUUCCACCUUGCUCUUGCUUUUCUUCCUCUUCUCAUUCACUCAAGCAAUCAAAACCCAAAACCCAAAUCCAAUUUCAAACCCCCUUUCUUUUUCUCCCCUGUUUUUUUUUCCAAAAAAUAAUAAAAUCUAUUUUUGUUUGCCUUUAAACCUUCAUUAAUAUAUGAUUUUUAAUAAUUAUUUAUUUAUAUUCCCAAAUUACCCUUUUUUAAAAAAAUUUUCCUACACCAAUUUCUAAGAAAAUUGCUGCACCAAGAUGAGAAACUGAAUAAACCCAUUGCUUGUUAUUGUUAUUAUUAUUAUUAAGGGCACAUCACAUGUCCCUUAAUAAUAAUGAUAAUAUUAAUAAUAAUUACAAUAAAAAGUGAGAGUGGAGUUUAAGCUGCUUUCAGUGAACUGGAAUUUGCAGAUUCUGGAUCUGCAGCAUUAUUGAUGGGAACAGAAUUCAUGAGAUUUUGCAUUAAGGAAGAAAAUGAUGAAAUCCCAUCUGUUCCACCGGGUUUCGAGUCAUUUGCUUCAUUCACCUUAAAGAGUGCUCAAGAUGGUGAAAAACAAGAAACUCAAGACAUAAUUACCUGUUCAGCCUCUGUAAGCUCUUCUGACUUGCAGCCGACAAGGACAGAAAUGGACACCAACAGUUGUGCUGACACAAAAGUCACAAGGUCUCUCCGGCGUAGAGCUUGUAUAAACUAUGGUCAAUUGGACAAUAAUAGUUCAGAGGAUGAAUCUGAUUCUGCAAAGCUUAAUCAAAAUCUUAGUUUAAGGUCUCAUCUACCGAAGGGAGUUAUUCGUGGAUGUGCACAAUGCAGAGAUUGCCAAAAGGUCACUGCAACGUGGCGUCAUGAAUAUGCUCGUAGGCCUGACCUUGAGGAUUCUCCCGUAUUCUACCCUACUGAAGAGGAGUUUGAAGAUACUUUAAAAUACAUAGCUAGUAUACGCCCAAAAGCUGAACCAUAUGGAAUAUGUCGCAUUGUCCCUCCUCCUUCUUGGAAACCUCCCUGUCCUCUGAAGGAAAAAUCUGUUUGGGAGGGCUCUACUUUUGCCACUCGUGUCCAGAGAGUUGACAAACUGCAGAAUCGAGUUUCAAUGAAAAAGAUGUCAAAGCUAUAUAACCAUACGAGGAAGAAAAGGAGAAGAUGCAUGAGAAUGGAAGUAGACUGCGGGGCGGAUAGUGGAAAUAUCUCAGGGUGGAAUGGUGCUGGAGUUUGUGAGGUUGAGAGUUUUGGAUUUGAACCUGGUCCUGGGUUUACACUGAACGCAUUUCAGAAAUAUGCAGAUGAUUUCAAGGCCCAGUACUUCAGGAAGAAUGAUAACGUCAUGAGUAAGGGAGAUAAUGCAGAAGUGCUGCAUGAGAACUGGGAGCCAACAGUGGAGAAUAUUGAAGGCGAAUACUGGCGGAUUGUAGAGAAAGCAACUGAAGAAAUAGAGGUGCUUUAUGGGGCUGAUCUAGAAACUGGGGUUUUCGGCAGUGGGUUUCCAAAAAAGUCUGGUGAAGUUGGUUCUGAUUCAAAUGACCGUUAUGCAAAGUCUGGUUGGAACUUGAAUGAGUUUCCAAGGCUUCCUGGAUCUGUUCUUUCUUAUGAAAAUGGUGAUAUAUCUGGUGUUUUAGUGCCAUGGUUGUAUAUAGGAAUGUGCUUUUCCUCCUUCUGUUGGCAUGUUGAAGACCAUCACUUAUAUUCACUGAAUUACAUGCAUUGGGGUGCUCCAAAAAUGUGGUAUGGGGUCCCAGGGAUGGAUGCCAUUAAAUUCGAAGAGGCCAUGAGAAAGCAUUUGCCUGAUCUGUUUGAAGAACAACCUGACUUGCUUCAUAAGCUGGUGACACAACUGUCUCCUUCUAUACUAAAAUCUGAAGGGGUACCAGUCUAUCGUUGUGUACAAAAUUCAGGAGAGUUUGUUCUAACAUUUCCUCGAGCAUAUCAUUCAGGGUUUAAUUGCGGCUUCAAUUGUGCGGAGGCAGUAAAUGUAGCACCUGUUGACUGGUUGCCCCAUGGACAAAUUGCUAUAGAGCUUUAUCGUGAGCAGGGGCGAAGGACUUCUAUCUCCCAUGAUAAACUGUUGCUUGGAGCAGCAAGGGAAGCGGUGAGAGCUCACUGGGAACUUAAUUUACUGAAAAAGAAUACAAUGGAUAACUUAAGAUGGAAAGAUUUGUGUGGCAAGGAUGGAAUAUUAGCAAAAUCGCUCAAGGAACGUGUGGAGAUGGAGCGUGUGAGGAGAGAAUUUCUUUGCAAUUCUUCACAGGUGCUGAAGAUGGAGAGCAAUUUUGAUGCCACGAGUGAAAGGGAAUGCAUUAUCUGCCUUUUUGAUUUGCACCUAUCUGCAGCGGGAUGUCAUUGUUCUCCAGAUAAGUAUGCAUGCUUGAAUCAUGCAAAGCAAAUGUGUUCUUGUGGUUGGAGUGCCAAAUUUUUCCUAUUUCGCUAUGACAUCAGUGAAUUGAAUAUCCUUGUUGAAGCAUUGGAAGGAAAAUUGAGUGCAGUGUACAGAUGGGCAAAAUUAGAUCUUGGACUGGCCCUGACAUCUUAUGUUUCUAAAGACAGUUUGCAAGAUUGUAAAAUAUCUUACUUGCCAGAUGGAAAGGCACUUAAAGAGGUGAUAUCAAAACCGUCAAUAUAUCUUCUUAAAGAUUUAGGUAGUAAAGGAAUUGCCAGGGAAAUUACAAUGACUUCAAUGAAGACAUUUCAUGGUACUGCUUUAGUAGAAAAAAAGGCACCUCCUGAAUCUGCAGCUUUGAAAGGCACAAAGACACCAUCUACAUCCCCCAGUUCUUUUCAAGAAAAUGAGAGGCAAAAUCAUGAUUCAAAGUUAAAAAAAGAAUCAAUCCUUUCCUCUACCAAUUUAAGAACAUCAAUAUGCCAGCUAUCUCGAGAAGGGGUGUCCUAUGCUGGAGAUCACAAUUCAUCAGAAUCUGGAAGGAAAAAACCUUCUACUUUGGGCCAUGAUAAUAUUAUUGUUCUUAGUGACGACGAAGGUGAUGAACCAAAGGAACUAGUUGUAGAAAGAGCAACGAAAAUUUCUGUUCCAAAACAAUUGGAACUUUCUAAGAGGUCUACUUCUGAUGACAGGCCCUGUAAGGAUGACAAAGAUUCAAUCCUAAUUGCCCCUGUGGCUGAUGCAGCUGUGAUUAGUAAAAAUGAUGUCAGUUCCCCUGAUGGACAAGGGAAGAACUGUUUACUAGAUCCUGUUAAAGUGAAGGUUGACCAGCAUCAACAUGGUGAAAUAGUUCUUGAAUCUAAUGUGGCAGACAGUUCUCCCCAUGCAGGCUUUACCAGUUUAGGAUGUGGUAAAAAUUUUGAGGACUCCUCGAACAUGAGAGUGAUCAGUAAAGAUCAAAAUAUGGUAAAUGUUAGGUGUGGUCAUCCCCAGCAAUGUGGCAUUGUAAAUCCUAAUGAUGAGGAUAAGAUGGGAGCAAAUGCCACCUUAAAUCCAGUGGAUAAUGCAAGAAUUAUGGCAGGUAGCCCAUCUUGCUCACAAAAUAAUUUGGACCGCUAUUUCCGCCAGAAGGGUCCCCGCAUUGCCAAGGUAGUGCGAAGGAUUAACUGUAACGUUGAGCCUCUGGAAUUUGGAGUUGUACUUUCUGGAAAAUUGUGGUGUAACAGCCAGGCGAUAUUUCCCAAAGGAUUUAAGAGCCGGGUUAGAUACACAAGUGUAUUAGAUCCUACAAAUAUGUGUUACUAUCUAUCAGAAAUUUUGGAUGCAGGACAAAAUAGGCCUCUGUUCAUGGUUUCGAUGGAGCAUAGUCCAAGUGAGGUAUUUGUACACCUUUCAGCAGCCAGAUGCUGGGAAAUGGUUAGAGAGAGAGUAAAUCAAGAGAUCACAAAACAACAUAAAUUGGGAAAAAUGAACUUGCCUCCUUUGCAACCUCCUGGGAGUCUUGAUGGCUUUGAAAUGUUUGGGUUUUCUUCACCAGCAAUUGUGCAGGCCAUAGAGGCGUUGGAUCGAAAUCGAGUUUGUACAGAUUAUUGGGAUUCCAGGCCCUACUCACGGCCUCAGUGUCAGAUUCCACAACCUUCCCAUCCCAAAGAAAGUGGAGGAUAUAUCCAGGGGAGAUCUGAGGAACAUGAUAAUGGAGGGACUCCUGGGAGCAAUCUCCUGCCUGAUGGAGUUGAUGGCAUGAUGCUCCGAGGCUUAUUGAAGAAGGCAAACCCAGAAGAAUUACACGUACUGAGACAAAUUCUAAAUGAUGGUAAGCAAAGAGUUGGAGGGUUAAUAACACUCCUUAAUGAAGAGAUUCACAAUCGGCCUAGAUAAUUGAUUAAUUUGGUCUCAGGAGGCCCUGAGACUGAAUUUGGAAUUGCAAUUUUUUUUGACUGCUGUAAAUUCCGAAUUCCCACUUUCACGUUGCACAUAUAUCUCCAUUUAAUCUACUCGAUUCUUUUACUUUAGAGAGAAAAUUGGAAAAGGAAACGUUUUGUUGUGUAAUUCUUCUUCUCCAUAGUUGCCCUUCAUAACAGAGGAGAAGCUUGACAAAUGACAAUGUAUGUUGACUGGAGGAUGCUCCCAUUUUUGUGAUACCAUACAAUGCAUGUAGGGGUUUUUAACAUUC